UUCAUGCCACUAAGCUCGGCCAUAUAUUUCCGGCCACAUGAUCUUGCUCCUUUCUCUGUUCUUAAAACACGCUAUCGCAAUGAGAUCCGAGCUCUCUCUGUCCUUGAUGACGCAGCACCUAUCAGGAAGGAGCGCUUUGUUGUAUCAUAUAACAAGGCAAGAGAAGAAGCUCUAUCAGAGCGACUUAUAAGAGCAGGCUGGCGCGCUGCUGGCCUUUGCUCAUUCAACCCAAAUCUAGUACUGCUCUCAUCCCAAGUAACUGGCCGGCCAGUUACUCCACUAGCAGCUAGUCAGGCCUUGACUACAUCAGAGCAAGUCUUCAACACCCCUCAGAGCUCACAAGCUCUAAACAAGGCCCAGCAGCAGCUGCUGUUGUCAGAAUCUCUCUCGCGAAGCACCCGGAUAGUGCUUGGCAAGGCAGGCGAGGCUAUUACAGAGGCAAAUACCAGAGCCGCCCAGCUCAAGGCUGAGAAUCAACAACUCAAAUAUCAACUAGAUCACUGUAAAAUUACUUGUACGAGAAAGCGAGUUCAAGUUAAUCCAAAUGAGCGAUUCAGCAACGUUGAGAGUAUACAGGCUGCUAUCGACCGAGCAGCAGCUCUACAGGUUCAACAGGCAAGCACUUCAGCAGAAAAAGAAGCAGAAAAGGCUGCAGCUGCUGCAUUAGCUCGUACUCUCAAUUCUAUGUAUACACAGUGGCAGAUAUAA